UCUCACAUAGCUGUCAUCUUAGAAAGACAACAUGGAGAUUUUGGAUUUUUGGAACAUAUUCAUUCUUGUCAUGGUACAUAUCUGCCCUGUCAUAAUGGGUGAUUCUCAGUGCCCUAAAGACAACAUUGCUAUGAAAGGAGGCAGUUACGAUUUUUCCAAUAAUGGUAGUAUUCUAAAUUACAUCUGCCCAGAGGGUUAUUAUCCAGAUCCUCUAAGGAAACGUGUAUGUAAAGGUGUUAAAUGGAAUCCAACAACCAAAAAGAUCCUUGAAUGCAAAAAGGUUACAUGUCCAGAUCCAAGGGUUCUGCAGAAUGGAGAUGUGCACCCUUAUCAGCGAUGGUAUUUUGUGAAUGACACUAUCACCUCCAAGUGUAGCACUGGUUACACAUUCAGGGGCUCUGAAAAAAGAGUCUGCAAAGUUAAUGGAAAGUGGAGCGGAAGAACGCCAGUUUGUAGUAGUAGCUCUGAUCACUGCCCUGAUCCGGGCACUCCACCUGGGGCAUCCAGAACAAGUAGCAGUUUCAACAUUGAUGACAAGGUGGACUACAGCUGCAAUGGCAAGUUAAAGCUAGUAGGUUCCAAAAAACGUGUAUGUCAGGAUAAUGGCGAGUGGUCAGGAGAAGAGCCGGUGUGCUACGCUGAAUUCACAUAUGACACCCCAGAGGAAGUUGCAGAGGCUUUUGGAGGUUCUCUUAAGGCUUCUCUAUCUAUACAUGAGGAAGCAGGUCAAUAUGAGAAAUCAAUAAGAGUGGAUACAGGAGGAAACCUUGACAUCUACAUAGCCCUGGACGCAUCUGAUAGCAUUGAUGAAGAAGACUUCAAUCAGGCAAAGAAAGUUGUUCUGACACUCAUGGACAAGAUUAGCUACUAUGAGGAGUCUCCAAAUUAUGAGAUCAUCAUUUUUGCCACAAAUGUAACAAAAAUUAUUAGUAUGACAGAUUUCAAAACGAAUAAAGAAAAAGCUCUGGCUGAGGUAAUCGAGAAGCUGAAAAAAUUUAAAUUUGUUGUAAAAAAGGGGAAUUCAGGGACCAACAUUGCGGGAGCUUACAAAGCUAUUCUUUACAGCAUCGCUUUUGAAAAAGCCAGAAAUGGUUUUAACCCUGAGACCCAACAUGUCGUAAUCAUGUUUACUGAUGGUAGUUACAAUAUGGGUGGAGACCCCAAAAACUAUGUUAAGAAUAUUAAAGAAACUGUAUACAAUGGGACUGCCAAACGAGAAAAAUAUCUGGAUCUUUAUGUAUUUGGAGUGGGUGCUUAUGUAAAUGUAGAGGAGGACGUGGACAUGAAUAAGUGGGUGACAAAACGAGAUAAGGAAAAGCAUUUUUUCAUAAUCCCGGACAUGACAAAAAUGCAACAGACCCUGGAUCACAUCAUUGAUGAAAGAACAAAAGUGGGUCUGUGUGGACUUUACAAAAACUAUGAUGAUGAAGAAGAAUUCAAGCGUCUUGCAUACCCUUGGCUGACAAAGAUUAUUGUGACUAAUAUGGAUGGCAGUUUACGAAACUGUAUAGGAUCACUUGUCACUCCUAAGUUUAUUCUAACUGCUGCCCACUGCUUCAGGCGUGAAGAAGAACCCCUGAAAAUUUACAUUGAAGCAACCGAUGCCAAAGAAAAUAAAAUAUUGAAGGCAAUGCGGCACAUACCUCAUCCCAGAUACAACCCCCAACAGAAAGUAAAGGAGGGAAUAUCGGAGUAUUAUGAAUAUGAUGUGGCUCUCAUUGAAUUGGAGCAAGGUGUAACUCUUAGUAAACAGAUCAGACCCAUCUGCAUUCCCUGUACCGUGGAAACCAGUGCAGCUCUAAAACUGCCAAGCCAAGACGUAACAUGCAAACAGCAUGAGGAGUUGUUGAUGAAAGAGAAGUAUGUAGAUGCUUUCUUCAUGUCAUUAAAGAACCCUAAAAAACAAAAGAAAAAUGUUCAAAUCAAACAAGAAGAUAAGAAAAAAGAAUGUGUUGAAAUUGCCGGAAAGGCAUUAAAUAUCACAGACAAGGCUGCUGAAGAAUUACUUAAUGACAACUUUCUAUGCACUGGAGGGUCUGGACCAAAAUCUGUAGAUGAUAAUCCAUGCCCAGGAGAUUCAGGUGGAGCAACAUUUGUGAGUCACACAUAUCGUUUGUUUCAGCUUGGUGUAGUCAGCUGGAGUUCAUCUAAGGAAUGUCCACCCCUAAAUAAGCGACAAACCAGAGACUUCCACACAAACCUCUUUAAUCCAAAAAUAAGGGAAUUCCUUAAAGAACAUCUUGGUGAUGAAAAAAUAGAUGCUCCUCUGCACUUUUUGUAAAGAUACAAGGGUGCUUAUGUUCCUUUAUGCAUUUCAUCUGCUUUACUGCAAUAAAUAUUUAGGACAGUAAGACCCAAAUAUAGUAUGUAGGUUAGCAUUAUGUGUUUUUAUCAAAUAAGUAAGUGUUUUUAUUCAGAAAGUGUUGUUCAAGACAAAAUGUUACCAACGUUGACCUCGGCAAACAACCACUUUGUAAUCUGCUUUUUUUUUUAUGCAUGCAGUAUUUAGGAGCCAGCACAGUUUUAAAAAUGAAACAAACAACUAUGUUUUCUUUGUGUUUUCUAAUCAUGUAAUCCCAGGAAAAGAACAAUUACAGAAAUAAAUAAACCCCAGUAUUGCAAUGGCAUGCACACUGUUUUAACUGAGGUGCCAGAUUUGAGCCCUGCACCUGCAAGAAUAGAAAAUGAACCCAAUUUGCAGGAUGCUUAACCAAGGUAGAACAAUACUGUGGCUAAAAAAUCACAAACAAAAAGGGGAUAAGCACAAAUAAAAAGCAGUGUUUAAAGUAAUGGACACCAAGUAACAAAUUAAAGACACUAUGGGUGUGUUCGAAAACCUAGGGAACUGCCUUGCUGUCUACAUAUUAAGCCUCCUUCUCUGGAGCACGCAUAGGAUGACGUAAAAUGCUGUCUAUGUAGAGAGCGCACUAGGUUUUUGAACACACCCAAUAACUCCCUUUUUUCAUUGCAGGUUGCAGAUGUUUUUUUGUCUUUCAUGUGCUUCCACUUCGAUUUUUGCUUAUCCACUUUUUGGUUGUGACUUUAGCCACAGUAUUUUUCUACCUUGGUUAAGCAUCCUGCAAAUCUGGUUCAUUUUCAAUUCUUGCAGGAGCAGGAGUCAAAACUGUCCCCUCAGUACAGAAACGCAAUAUGUGUAAAAUUUAAUUCAAUAAAAAUAAUGUUUUAUGAUUCAUGUAAUGUUUAAAGAUUUUUUUUAAACCUGUAGGUGUAUUUCAUUUUAUUUAAUUAAGAUAACCAAAUAUGAAGAAAUGGUCUCCUGUGUUACGAAACUGAUUGCAUAGUGUCACUGGUUCGAUUAGAGGGAAGGACCACUGCAAAUAAAAUGAUAGUUGUUUUGAUCUUUUCAAUAUUAAAUAAACUUUCUGUUGUGCUAUUAAAA